AAGGUGUUUCCAAAACUGUGGAAAGAGUUCUACCUAGCACCUAUACCAAAAGUGGAACCGUGCACGAAUCUGGAAGAAAUAAGACCGGUAGCUCUUACUAGCACAAUUUCAAAAAUACAGGAGUCUUACGUGGUUGAUUGGAUGUAUGACGAUAUGGAGUCUACAAUUUGUAAGGAACAGUAUAAUAUGGUGGUGUACCACGCUCGUCAGCAGUCCUUGCGCUCGUUCACCUUCUACACAAAUGGAAUAAAGCAUUGGACUUAUCACAACGAGUAA